GGACAUCUGCCCGUGCUUGCCAAGCUCUGGGUGUCCGAAGUGUGCCGAGUCACAAAUACUCAUUACUUACCAUCGACUGCGAAAUCGAGAAACAUACUAAGGCAGACUCGAGCACCUUACGCACGAUGGAGGGCCCGGACAAGUCCAUGGGCAGCAAGGAGUACUCACCGGAAGGCUCCGCUAAUUUACCAGAAUAUGGCGUGCAAGAGGACCAUAACCGGUCAUUCAUGGGCCGCUUCAUCGAUGGUUUUAAGCGCGAUCCAAACGCCCAUGCUACCCCCAAGGGCGCAGUGGGUGCCGACGGCAGAGUCUACGAUGUCGAGGGUGCAGCAGCAGCUACAGCGAACACGGGACUGCAACGGUCACUUAAAGGUCGCCACCUUCAGAUGAUUGCUAUCGGAGGGUCCAUCGGGACAGGUCUCUUCGUCGGCAGCGGUAGUGCACUCGCCACCGGAGGCCCGGCUUCUCUGCUCAUCGCAUUCAUCAUUAUUGGCAUUAUGCUGUACUGUACCGUCCACGCACUGGGUGAGAUGGCGGUGCUGUUCCCAGUAGCAGGGUCUUUCUCGGCAUAUUCAACACGCUUCCUUGACCCUGCAUGGGGUUUCGCUAUGGGCUGGAACUACGCUUUGCAAUGGCUCGUUGUGCUUCCACUCGAGAUUGUCGCGGCAACCAUCACCAUUCAGUACUGGUCAAAUGGCUCGAUCAACAAUGACGCCUGGGUGGCCAUCUUCCUCGUCAUGAUUAUCGUAAUCAACCUAUUCGGCGUCAAAGGCUACGGCGAGGCCGAGUUCGUCUUCGCGAUCAUCAAAGUCAUCGCCGUCGUCGGCUUCAUCAUCCUUGGCAUCAUCCUGGACUGCGGUGGCGGACCCCAAGGAGGGUACAUCGGCGGGAGCAGGUGGUACAAUCCUGGCGCGUUCCACAAUGGCUUCAAAGGUCUCUGCUCGUCGUUCGUUACUGCCGCUUUUGCCUUCGCCGGUACAGAGCUUGUUGGUCUCGCCGCAGCUGAGACCGCGAACCCAAGGAAGUCUUUGCCCAGCGCCGUCAAGCAGGUCUUCUGGAGAAUCACACUAUUCUACAUCGUCUCUUUGACAUUGGUCGGUCUACUUGUCCCCUACGACGAACCUCGUCUCAUCAACGGCACGAGCAGCGCAGACGCAAAAGCUUCGCCUUUCGUCAUCGCCAUUGAAAACGCAGGCAUUGGUGGGCUACCGUCCGUCUUCAACGUUGUGAUCAUGAUCGCAGUGCUAUCUGUCGGCAACUCCUCGAUCUACGGUAGCUCACGUACACUCGCUGCUCUAGCGGAGCAAAACCAGGCUCCGAAGAUUCUUGGCUACAUCGAUCGCAAGGGUCGACCAAUCGUAGCCAUUGGCGUUGCCGGCGUGCUUGGCCUCCUUGCGUUCUUCGCCGGUUCAGACAAGGAGCAGGAUGCCUUCAACUGGAUGCUGGCCCUUUCCGGCCUGUCGUCCAUCUUCACUUGGGGCAGCAUCUGCCUUGCUCAUGUCCGUUUCCGCCGUGCCUGGAGUAAGCAGGGCCACUCACUCGACGAGCUUGCUUUCCGUAGCCAACCGGGCGUGAUCGGAUCGUGGAUUGGCUUCAUCCUAAACUGUCUUGUGCUCAUUGCGCAGUUCUGGACUGGAGCCUGGCCUGUCGGCUGGCGAGAAUUAGGUGCAGGGGGGCAGACGGAAGCUUUCUUCGAGGCAUACUUAGCGGCGCCUGUGGUGAUUCUGUUCUACAUCCCGUACAAGCUGUGGUACAGAACACCUUUCGUCAGGUCGCAUAAUAUGGAUCUGCAUACCGGCAUCAGGGACCUGAAUGUGGCCGAGCUGAUUGCGGAGGAGAGAGCUGAAAGGGCCUCGUGGCCGCGCUGGAAGAGAGUGAGUCAUACAUCUUCAUCUAGCAUAUCCCGGCGCUCUGCUAACAAUACGCUCAGACCUACAAAUUCUUCUGCUAAGCUCAUAAUGUGGCAGCUACUCAUACUCAUGUUGCACACGUAGCUCCACAUGUACUACUACGCACCGUGAGGGCACUCUGCUGUAGCAAUAAUGUAACCAUUGACAAAGUCAUAACGCUGUG